AUGUCUGCGACUCCAAAUGGAACUGAAGAAAGCUCAGAUGUCUUGUCACCGAGAUCACUCAGUGAAAUAUCAGAGGUCGAAACAGUUCGUUUAAGUGUUGAUCUUGUGUCAGCUUCAAGAAAAAAUCUUGGGUUCUUGAGAACCGUUAGCGACUCUCACUGGCUUCAUGAGAGAGCCACGGUUCUUGAAGCUAUAAGAAGGUAUGAUGAGCUUUGGAUGCCGUUGGUUUCUGAUCUGAUGGUGGGGUCUUCACCUCCUAUGGUUCUUCCUCCUCUUGAUGUUGAAUGGGUUUGGUUUUGUCACACUUUGAAUCCGGUGAGUUACAGGAAAUACUGUGAGCAAAGGUUCUCAAAACUGAUUGGAAAACCAGCAAUUUUCGAUGAAGAGAAUGAAGAGUAUGCAUUGAUGAGAUGCGAAGAGCUUUGGAUGAAAAGAUAUCCAAAUGAGUCUUUUGAGAACGAAGUUGAUAUUAAUUCAUCAAAUUUGCAAGACCAUCAGCCAGUUGUUAAAGAUGACCAUGAAGAUCUGUUGAAUGAAGUUGAGAAGCAAAGAGAUGUUUAUAGCAAAUUUUCAUGGCCAUACAUGAGUGAGAUUGUUUACUUGAUAGCAGCAAGGCAAAGAUACAAAGGAUUCUUGUAUGUGUUGCAGAGAUUUGCAGACGGUUGUUCAUCAAGAUUAUUGCCUUGUUUGGAUAUUUUGCUCAUGUGGGUGACACAUCAGAGUUAUCCAACAGUAUAUGCAGAGGAUUUGAAGGAGAUGGACGAUGAUAUGGGAAAGGUGGUCGGAUUGUGGGAGACUGUAAAAAGUAAAGAGGUGGAAGAGACAAAGAAGCUAUGGGAAAGAGCAUUUGAUCAGCCUUAUGAGAAAGCUGGCGGAGCAAUAGAAUAUGGUGGGGCAAGGGUUGCUUCAAUAGUCAAGCCACCAGUGUAUUGGGAGGUCUCAGAUACAGAUGUCAACACCAAAUACAAGUCCCUGCUGCCUAGGUUCUUACUGGAGGUAUGUGUUUUCGUGAGGCUCGAUUCUAGGAUGAAACCAAUGCAACAGGAGAUACAACAUAAUUUUCUUCGUCUGCAAAUAGUAAGAUGUCACAGGGAGCUGAAAAUUGAUAAGCCAAUUUCCAGCUUCUCCUCAGAUACGUGGAAAAAAGCUGCACAUCUUUACUGUGAGUUUGGAACCAGAGGACUAAUGCUUGAGGUUCGGAAACAUGGCGGUGGCUGUUUUAAAGCAAGUAAAAUAAAAGAUAAAAAAACAUUUCUUUGGAAUGAUUUAUUAAGAGCACCCUCUCUUACUUUGGAAAGACAUAUAGAUGAUAAACAAGUGAGGACUGCUGCCUCCAUAACCCCACCAGCGCAAGCACCAUACUUGUUGAAAUGUGUACCAGACAGAGUCACUGAUGAUUCGGGAGCCAUGAUCUCGGAUGACAUUCUGAGAAUGAACCAUUAUAAGCCUCAAGAAGGUCGGUGGUUGUCGCGCACCAUCCUUGAUCAUGCAGGAAGGGAGUGUUUUGUUGUCCGAAUGAGAGUGGGAGGAGGGUUUUGGAGGAGAGGAGGUGAAACCCCAUCAGCAGUCAAAUGGGAGGAUAGGAUUAUAGAGAUACGCGAAGGUUCUUGGUCCUAUGUUGCUGGUUCGAUUGGUAGAGCACCUGAGAAAAUAGUAGGAACCGCAACACCAAAAGAACCUCCUGAACAUUGGCAAGCAGCAUGGUGUUUUUCAACAGGAGACGAAUUGCUGAUAAGUUGGGAAUCGUCAACAUCGAUGUCCCACCUUAAUUUUUGUUUGAGAAACCAAACAUCUUCCUACUCAUUGCUGAAGCUGUUGCAAGGCCGGAAAAUGCAAUAUCGGGCAAGGAAAAUUAGUUCAAAGAGCAAAGAACAUGAAAAGCUAGAAAACAAAGAAGAAAAUGAGGAGGAAGAUGAAGAUGAGGAAGGGUUUCUGACGCUUGUUCGGUCCACAGAAGAUAAUCCAAUAGGAAGGCCGACAGCUCUUCUAAAUUGGAAGUUAUUGAUAGUUGAACUGUUGCCUGAAGAAGAUGCAGUUUUUGUGCUACUUCUGUGCAUUUCAAUACUCAGAAGUGUAUCAGAAAUGAGAAAGGAAGAUGUUGGAAGGUUGCUUAUUAGGAGAAGAUUAAAAGAAGCAAAGCUUGGAGCUAGAGAUUGGGGUUCUGUGAUCCUCCAUCCUUCUUCAUUUUCAUCAACACUUUCUUCACCUCACCUUCAACCUUGGUAUUGGAAUGCCAAAUCUGUGAUUGCACCUGAUGGAGGGGGUAACGUAACUAAGCAACCGGCUUUGAACCAUUCACCAGUUGAAGGUGGUGAUAAGCUAUUUUGGAGUGCCAUAUUCAAAAUUUCUAAACCAUCUGAAGGAAUUUUGUUAUCUCAUCCCGUAGAGGUAUUUCGAGGCCGAGGUCUUUGGAAAUCUGCAAAGGUGGUGCUUGAAAAACUGAUUGCAAUUCCUUUGAUUAGGAUAAUAAUCCAGGCCCAGCAGAAAGAAGAUAUGCUUUCUGUGAGCAGAUGGGCUUGA